AUGCGUGGCUCAAGGUUUCACACGAAAGACGAAGCAGCGCUUCAGACUCAAAUUGUGAUGAACUUAGUGAUGCUGGAAAUACCGAUGGCGAAAGUUUUUCGAGUAUUGACGAUCUUCUAUUCGAUGUGCCUGAUCAGACCGAUAUUACUUUCGGUAAACUACAUUUCCUCCAGCUAA